AUGACAACAUCAAAGAACAACCCUGUCGAUAUAAAAGAAAGAAUUUUAUCUCUUGAAAAUGCACUUGCUGAUCCCUUCUCUGAGCUAAAUAUCGAAAGAGUCCUAGAUGUUUUUAUUUCUUCCGUUUUGGAUAGUCAACGCAUCCCUCGUGAUAAAGAGGACACUCAAAUCCUCACCUUUUCCGAAAGAUUCACCGAAUCGGUGAAUCAACUCAUGAGUUUUCGUCGACAACGGCAUGAUUUUACCUUCCUCUCUAGUCUCGGCCGUGGCGCUUACGGUCGAGUUGAUCUAGUUCGAGAGAAUGCUACUGGUCGUAUAUGUGCAAUGAAAACUCUCGACAAAUCAAAAAUGCUAAGUCAACAGGCUGACUUUUGGGCUGAACGUGAAAUUAUGUCCCAAAGUGUCUCUCCCUGGAUCGUUCGACUUAUUUACUCUUUUCAGGACGUGCGUUCUUUGUACAUGGUGAUGGAGUAUGUCCCAGGAGGAACUCUGGUCUGUUGGAUGGAUGAAGUGGAACUGAUAUCUGAGACAGUAUGUCGGUUCUACGCCGCAGAAAUCGCGCAAGCACUUUCCGAUCUUCAUGACAUGGGUUUUAUUCAUCGGGACAUUAAACCGGACAACAUGCUUCUCGAUAUAAGCGGUCAUCUCAAACUGGCUGAUUUUGGAACCUGCGUUCGAGUGGAUCCACAUACCCAUCGAGUUCGAUGUGAAAGUGCUGUUGGAACUCCGGAUUAUAUCUCACCGGAAGUCCUAUAUUCUCAGAGCUCCGGUGGAGGUGAGUACGGUUUCGCAGUGGAUUGGUGGGCUCUUGGUGUCCUUGUGUAUGAAAUGAUUUGCGGCGAGACCCCCUUUUACUCCGAUGACCUUGUAACAACCUACUCAAAGAUUAUGAGUCACACGACUAGUCUACAUUUGCCAAAGGAUAUUGCCAUUACUCCCUCUUGUUUGGAUUUUAUCAAGCGUCUUCUUUCACCUGAAGAUGUCCGCUUAGGAAGUGGACCAGAAGGUGCCGAAGAAGUACGCAACCAUUCCUGGUUCUCAACUUCUUGGGCUGCUGAUGAAUGCCUGCCUUCACGAGUGAAUGAACCCGGAGAUGAGGCUUAUUUCGAUUGGACAUGGAAAACUUUACGUUCAAUCUCACCAGGCCCUUUUCAACCUUCUUUGGCCUCUGAAACCGAUACCAGUUACUUCAGGGAGGAUGAUGUAGAAGAUGGAUGUGAAAAUCAACUCCAGGAACAACAGAAUUUUAUUUCUGAUAUAGGUGGUGAUCAGACUACUGUGGCUACUCGGAAUGGUGAGGCUGCUAAUGCCUGCUUUGAGGGCAAUCAGUUGAGUUUUGCGGGAUUUACUUUCUCAUCUCCUAAAUUGGCGCCGCUUUCUGGAGUGUAUUUAGCCCCCUCUCAGACUACUAAUGAAACAGCCUCUUUGCCGAAGGAGGAUAUGCUAUCAGAAAAGGAAUCCUGCCAACAGACUCAGCGUAUUCAUGAAUUAGGCCAUCGCCGAGUCCGAGCGCAGAGCCCGUCAAGGCGCCGAAGCCCAGAAAGCCAAGGCCGUCUUCUUGCUAAACGCGCCACGGAUAUGGCCGAUCGACUCACUGCCAGCAUCGGUCAGUCUUCCAAGGGCCUGCCUCAACGCCGUCAAGCCUCUCUCCCCGUGGAAAUGCCUGACUCCGCAGUAAUUAACAUUGAUUUAGUGGCGGAUUCAAGUCAAGUCGAAGACGCAUUCUCUUCUGCGCUGCCGCCGACAUCAUCCUCCGAAAGAAGUAUUCCUCCAGAAGUUGAGUCAAAUGGUGGAAAUCCCGAAGCCACAACGUCAGCUGCAACGGAGUUAUUGUUAAAGAGAAUUCAGGAACUAGUUGAAAGGGCCCAACAGGCUGAUGAACAGUUGCAGAUUGAAAAGAAAUUCGCAGAGUUGUAUAAGAAGGCUUGUGCGGAGAAGGAAGACCAACUUGCUGAAAGGGAUCAACGAAUAGCCAGUCUAGUUGAAAGCUUAGAAUCCACAAAACAAUCCAAAGAACAGACCCAACUUGCCAUUCGGCAUGCCCUAAUGGAAGAGCAAGAACGUUCAGCUCAAUACCUCGAGUGCCUAAAGGCAGCUGAGAAGUCUUCUGAAUUGGCCAGUCGUCGGGCUCAAAUUGCAACCAAUGAGGCUAUUGCUCUGCGGGAAGAGAUCAAUGCCAUACGGGAAGAAUUGGCCAUGGCCAAAGGAGAUUUGGCCACUGAGAAACUUAAAUGUACCGCAGCUGUAAACAAGAUUCAGCAGAUUCUUUCUGGUGAGAAUGCUGACGCCUUAGAACUCAUGAUGCUCUCUGAAAUGGAAGCCAUGCGUCGAAGUGGUGAACAUGCUGGUAAGGAGAUUGGAAGUAGUGCAAUUGAUGGACGCCAGACAGCAACGUCAGCUGUUGCAGCCUUGAAAGCCAAGGGGUCGAAGAAAUUCACCAGUCAGCAGCAUCUCUUCCGUCAUUUAGAUAGGAAAUACAAGCGAUUAGUUAGUGAGUUUGAGCAAAUGCAAACAAAACAUCGACUAGAAAUGAAGGAGGCACGUACAAUGUUCCACGCCAGCCAAGAGUCAGCUCAAACAGCCAGGAAUCAAGUGAUCAGUCUCUCGGAGGAAGUGGCUUCUCUCCAGACUCAGCUCAACUCUGCUAACGCCGCUUUGAAAGGUGCUGUUGCGGAGCAAUCUGGGUCUGGAACACCAUCUGCCUCCACUCUCCAUCGAAUUCCAGCCCCAUUAGCUGGAAAUGUUGGCAGUAGAACUUUUAGGAGUCGUCUGGUGAGAAAGCCUAGCACUGAUACGGAACAUCAGACAACUGCAUCGGGGAUGUGUACGUCCAAGGGAGACAACGGUGAGGCUGAAAUUGAUCACCUACCACCACUUGAGGUUGCAAGGUCACCCACUCGUCUCCAGCGUGUCUCCAGUCUCUCAUCUCCACGACGUCCCCUUCUCGUUCCACCUACUUCAUCAAUCGGGGGUCUCUCAGUGACUCCGUCCUCCCCUCUUCUCCCAGUGAAUUUCACUUUCAGUGGACAGUUGGAUAUGCCUGGCAAGCACGGUCGUCGAAAGAAACUCGUUUGGGAUCAACGUUUUGCUAAGCUCACAUUCAGCCGUCUUCUGGUAUGGGAUACAGCCAAGUCAGUUCCAGAGCACCUCCUUCAACUUAACCAGGAAUCUUCCAGCUUUGAUACUGCCUCAUCGAGCCUUCCAGGAGAUGGAAAUACCACUUCCUCUGGAACCAUCUAUUCUGCAACUUCAACAAUGGGUCGAAAGAUCUCUCGUCCGGGACCUAACCUCCUUUUAGAUCUCCCCUUGAAUGCUAUUCUCCAUGUUAGAAGUGUCACUUCGUGUGAUGUUCUGCACGCUACGCCGGAUGACUUGCCACGCAUCUUCCAAGUAAUUUUUGACCAAUGCGAGGCUGGUGGAUCUGGCACUAGUCAACCUGUUCGACAAACUCGAGACGCUAUUCUACCCAAUCCCGAAUCUAGUCCUCAUUAUAGCACAUCAUCCGCUAAAUCAUCCAACUCUCCUAGCGUUCUCGGUUAG